UUCUGUGGCACCAUUAGUGGGAUGUCCUGGUCUUUGGGGUACAUGCUCUUGGCACUGAUUGCUUAUCUGAUUCGGUCCUGGCAAUGGCUCGUACUUGCAGUCACAUGUCCCUGCCUCCUCAGCAUUGCCGUUUGGUGGUGGCUUCCAGAAUCUGCCCGGUGGCUUCUGACUAAGAAGGAAGUGGAGACAGCACACGGUUAUCUUUCCAAAUGUGCCAAAGUAAAUGGCAAAGAAGAUUUUCCCUCCAAAAUAACUCCAGAAGUGAGUACUGUGAGUUCCAUAAAGUUUGGCGUCUCCUUCACCUAUUACGGCAUCAGCUUAAACAUUGGGGGUUUCAGCUUGGAUCCAUAUCUGACACAGUUAACGUUUGGGGCCAUUGAGAUUCCUGCCAAACUUGGUGUGUAUUUUGUCCUGGAUCAUAUUGGCCGCCGACAUUGCCAGGGAUGGUCUCUCAUUGUAACAGGAUCCCUGAUCGCAUUAAAUACAAUCAUCCCUGCAGAACAUGGACAUGUCAGAUCAGCUGUGGCCAUCUUGGGGAAAGGUUUCUCAGAAGCCGCCUUCACUACUGUCUUCCUAUAUACUGCUGAGCUUUACCCUACUGUACUCAGGCAAAGUGGUGUCGGCUGUUGCUCGUUUGUGGCACGGCUUGCCAGCUCCAUAGCUCCUCUGGUCAUGUUACUGGAUGACACAUGGAAAUACCUUCCACCCAUGAUAUUUAGUGUGGUGGCCGGGUUGGCUGGAUCUGUGGCUUUUCUACUGUCAGAGACCACUAACAUUCAGUUGCCAGAGACAAUUCAAGAUGUGGAAGGUGACAGAAACAAGACUCCUUUGGGAGACCAAGCCCAUGAGCAAAGCAUUGUAGCGGACAGCGGAGGCAUUGCUUUGGGGCUGCUGAACCAAAUGAACGUGGAUGCUCUUCUCCCCGAACCACAGGAAGCCAACAAAGACUGUGACAAGGAAGCAAUAUCUUCGUAGCACAUCAUUAGCUAGAGGAACUGACACUUCUGGAUGUUAGUCACAAAAAUAAAAAAGCAAAAAAAUAGAA